GUAGCUCGAUGUCACAUUGUUUUGAAAAUGUGCUAUGCUCACGAUAUUCAAAAGUAAACUAGCUAGUUUAAUACCUUUCCCAUUCUUACAUUAUGGACGAAUUAGUCACAGAUUUAACUAUAGCUCUAGAGAGAACCGAUGACCCGCAAUCUUCGAAAUCAGACACGACAAUCGGGACAAAAGAUUCUCCUUCCUCAACACCAGUUCGCAAGAGGAAGAAACGACGAGGCAGAAAAAGGCGAUCUGAUUUUCCUCUUACAAAAGACUUGGCAGUUUUAAGCGAGGAAAGCAAUGAUUCUAUCGAGGAGGCGCUCAAAGACUACAUUGAAAACAUAUCCAUGUGUCAAAGUGAUUCUGAUGAAGACAGUGCUCUUACAUCGAGUAGACGAUUGUCAAUGUUUUACAGAUUGGCUUCAAAAUCUGAUCCUUAUCCUUUGCCAGAACGUUUGGAGAUCGAUUCGGUGAMCGAUUCUGUCAGUAAUACAGUAGGCAAAAGAAGGAAUAAGAAAAUAAAGCGAAGUAAACAACAAUUUACAUUUGGAAUUCAAAACAACACAGAUUUUCCCGUUAAUUGCAAAUCCAAAGUCCCUCGAAGAUCAUUAAAACGAAAAUUAUCCAACAGAAUAUCAGGCAACGCCUGUGGUGAAACCUGGACAAGACGCUCAAAAUAUGAGGAAGGCACACUGCAUGAGAUUGACAGUGGGAGGAGUUUAAUAAGUGACCAUCCAUUAAGUGACUCAUAUAGAUAUUCAAAGAAUGUGCAUUUGAUGUGUACAACUUCAAGUGAUCCCACAAUGCAAGAUGACAUUUCACCAUGGCAACUCAGCGAUAAUGAUCCUAUAGAUGAAGUAAUGGCUUGUUCAGAUAGUGAAUCUUCAAGUGGAAAUGAAAGUGAAGGUUUUUUUACUAAUGACGAGGGCCGUCUUGGUGACGAUGAAGGAGAAGAAAGCACUUUUGAACAAGAUAGUGGYUCUGGAAGCAUGCAGUCUGUCAUUCCAUGGUGGGAAAAUGAAUCUGAAGAACUUGAAGAUGAACAAAAGUUCAAUAAUAUUGUUAAUGGAGUCAUGGAUGCGUAUGGGUUAUCAGCUGAUUCCAAUUCUACGAAAGGAGGAGGAUUUCAAGCACGAUUGAAUUCUAUCAAGUGUAUGCAUGAAACUAAUAAUAUGAAACCAUUAGUUGAAGUAAACAGAAAAAUCAACAAAUUUCUACAUGAUCCCUUAAAAUCAGAGCUAUCAGUUCAGCUGACAAAUAGAAAUGAACGAGAAAAGAUUUAUCAACUUGCUUCAUUGUACUCUCUUCACUGCCGAACAGAAAACUUAGCAGGAGGCAGGAUAAUCCUUAUUAAAACAAGAAACACUAGUCAACCUGAUAAGAAAGCAUUAAACAGUUUACUUUGGAAAGAUGGAAAGAGGAAAGGAUUUCACACUGAGGUGAAAAGGGCAAAAAGAAUGGAGAGGUCUUCAGAAGUUCCUGGAGUGGUUGGAAAUUUAGCRAGUGCAAUACCUGAACACAACAUAGGAAACCAGAUGUUGAGAAGCAUGGGUUGGGUUCCUGGAACUGGACUUGGGCCUGAUAAAGGGGGCAUAGUAGAACCUAUUAGUGCCACUUUAAGACCAAGAAAACUUGGACUAGGUCAUUCAUGGCCUACAUAAUUAGCUUAUUUUUACUUUUUAUUAGAAUUAUUAAUAUUAUUAUUAAUUAUAUCCAAUUAGUAGUUUUAAKUAUUGGAAGGUAUUUGAAGUAGAUUUUUACCAUCAAAUAAUAUGUAGAUGAACUAAUAUGAGAAAAUAAAUAUAGUAUAUCAAGAAAAUAAA